AUGCCGAAACUUGACAACUCUCGCGACUAUUACGCGGACCUCAACCUGCCUGUGACAGCAGAUGUCAAUGACAUCAAGAAGCAAUUCCGGAAGCUAGACGAAGCGCUCCUCUACCACCCUGACCGAAACCCCGGCAGAGAAGCUGAAGUCAACUCCAAGUUUCAGGUCAUCCAGUCCGCACAUGAGAUUCUGACCGAUCCCGAGCAAAAAGCCAAGUACGAUGCCAGCCGGGGUCGCUCGCGUUAUCCCACCGCUUCAGGCGUCAGAGGCAAUCCCUGGCAAGAUGCCGGGGCCAACUUUCCCCCACCACCUCGGCGAAAUCAACCAACUCGUAAUGCUACCCAAUCGGGGGCGAACAAGUACCGCAACUUUACCUCGGGUGCCGCGCCGACUGCAAAGGCUCAACCCCGCGAAGACCCUAUGGAAUCCAGGCGCAAUGCGUGGCAGGCGUUUGAACAGAUGAGGCCUUCGUCUCAAGGCAAGUCCGCCGCCUCUCAGGCGAAGCCGAGACCUGUGCCCGAGCAGCCCGUCCCACCCCCUCGACCCGCACAGAGACCUGAGAGACCUGUGCCAAGGACGCCCGCACAGAAGCAGAGAGCCGAAGCUGCUUUCGGGCCAAGAAGUCGUCGGGCUAUGCCCCUCACUCUCCUGUUCCUGGAGAUGAGCCGUCUUACCAAGAUGCCGGGCUGUCCCCAGGUGGAGCUCGUCCUCGAAGCUCAAGCCCGCCUCGGACCGCUCAUACGGAAGACCCGUCCGGAGCCCAACAGAGUCAUACCGCCAACACUGCUUCCGACACUCAUAAGCGGUCGUUUGCCUCAAGAGCAAGCGCCAAGUAUACCCCGUCAGGACGAGCCCACGAUGCUGGAGAGCCUGGAGGAAGCAGACCGACAACAGCAGCUGCAAAUGAAGCACCCACCAUCCCUCCAAGUCAACAUCACCCGUGUAUGGCCGACGGCCAGGCUUCAAAUCCCAGGCCACCAUGCAACCGCGCAAACACGCAGAGAUUCUGCAACACCUUCUCCAAGUGGGGAUGGCUCCUCCACCACUCCAGAGUCUCUUACCCCUUUUGAGCGCAAACAGCGCGAACUACUCGAGAGGUUGAUUCACGGUGCAAACACGCCCAGCAAAAGACAGCGGUCCGAGAUGAAUGAACCCGGAGAUCAUGCUGACAAAUUUUGUACCAAUAGCUUCAAUUUUGUGGUUGAUGACGACACGUUUACACGGACUACUCCUGAGCAGAAGAGGUUUGCCCGGAGCAGUGCUGAUGAUAUCAACACCAGUUUUGUCGAUGAGCAAGGGGCCGAUACUUGGCAGUUUAGCGCCGGCAGCCCCCACACUCCGCAACAGGAGGAUCCGUUCGCCAAGCGCCGCACCCAAUCCGCAAGCCGUACGGGACGCAACUCGCCGCUCAAGCGCCCGCCGCCUCGUCCCGCGAAGGAGCCGCUCCCGGCCGAGAAUGAGAAGACGGCAGAGGAAGUCAGGUUCGACGCAGAGGGCUGGAGUCAGAAGAUUGGCCCGCAGAAUUUUGCACACCAGCCAACUCAGACCAAAGCAUCUUCUCCAACACGACCCUCACGCUCCAACUCGCGGAAGCCAAAGUCGGUCCAUCCAACCGUCGGAACUGCCGGCUUGGUCAAUGAAGAAAGCAGCAGCAAUGAAGACACAGAUGGUGGUGCCCGCCAGCCGGAACCUGAACCGGCCACAACAGGCAGUCCAAUGCCCAUGGACAUAGAUCCCGAGACGCCGCCUCCCAACCCCAGAAGCGCGCCCCCUUCGAGACGGGAUAGCGCUCGCAACAUCCCCGUCGAGCCUUCACGACCUGAGUGGCGACCUGGAAAUGUUCAACCCGUACCCGAGACGUCACAGCCGAAUGGUGUCAAGAGGGCCCCUUUCAACCCUAAUACGGCGGGAUCCGAGGAUAGUGAGGACUUCCGCGCCAGCUUUGCCGAUUUGAAGAACGUUGCUCCGUUUGCAACAAAGCCGACUGGGCUCAACUCAUUCGGCGACUUGAAGUCGCAAUUGCCGUUCGAGAGUCGGGCGUCGGAGCGGAUACCCAUUGAGAAAGAAAAGAAGCAGGAUCCCGAACUCAACUUUCCGCCUGUUCCACGCGCUCCUACUCCGCCGGCUGCCCUGGCCGUGUCCGGUCUCAGGCCCUCUCUUACGACGUGGCAAAAGUAUCUCGUUGAGUUCCAGAACUACCUUCAACAGUGGGAUGCUUUCAACGCCCAGAUCACCUACCACUUUGAAGUUCGCAAGGCACAGAUUCUGGAAGAACGCGGAACUGCAGGCUAUGCAUUCCUCACGACACAGGGUGACGAGGGUGUCGAGCAAUACCUCAGCUGGGUUCGCCAGGACAAAGAGGUUCGCCGCAAGUGGAGCCUUGCUUGUGACGAGCACGAGAUGCGCAUGCUCGAUUUCUUGAAAUACAAGAAGCUGAUGCGGUAA